GAGACACGCAGCGCUAACGGUAAAGAUGGGCAACCUUAGAAAGAAACACAACUGGAAGGGCAGACAGAAAUGCAACCCGAAACAACCAGCAAACGUCGAAAAAAAUGAGAUUACAUUGGAACUACAAGAUGGAGCCAGAAUGAAGGGUGUCGAUGAGAGCAACGCCUUGGUGCUCCCAGCCAGCAAAGCCAAAAAGAAGAAAUCGUCAGUGCCUUCUGUUUCCACCAAGAAGCCUCUCACUAAGAAGCAGAGGAAAGAGCUGGAGAAAGUGCUGGAAAAAAAGCAGAAGAAAGCUCAAAGGGCUGACAUCCUGACCCGACUGGCUGAAGUGCAGCUUCCAGAAUCUGAACUGAAGCUACUGUACACAACGUCCAAACUAGGCACUGGGGAGAAGCUUUACCACAAGAAACUGUCAUCAGAUGAAGUAAAUGAAGGAGAUUCUGGUUCAAAGAUCAGCAGCGUCAGUGGGGCCAACAGGAAGAGAAAAUGGAAAGAGGAGGAUGAGGAGGAGAAAGAAGAAACGAGUAGUGAAGCCUCAUCUGAUGAUGACGAGGAGGAGUAUGAGGAGGAGCAGGAGGAGGAAAAAGAAGAUAAGGUGGACAAAACCACAGAAACAAGUGAGUGCAAGGAAGUGAGCCGUCUUUGUACGGACACCAUAGAAGAGGUCAAAGAAGCACAGGCUGAGAAGAAGCAAAUGAUGAGGAUUUCGCAGCCAGCUGUCUUCAUCCCAGUCGAUCGAUUACCAAAAAUACAGGAGGCUCGUUUGAAGCUGCCCGUCUUGGCGGAGGAGCAGGUCAUCAUGGAGGCCGUAAGAGAGAACCCUUGCAUCAUUAUCUGUGGAGAGACGGGAAGUGGAAAAACAACACAAGUGCCUCAGUUUCUCUAUGAGGCCGGCUAUGCCAGUGACACGGGCAUUAUUGGCAUUACUGAGCCAAGAAGAGUAGCAGCAGUCAGUAUGUCCCACAGAGUGGCCAAAGAGAUGAACUUGUCCACACGAGUGGUGUCAUAUCAGAUCCGAUAUGAGGGGAAUGUGACCGAUGAGACCAAAAUCAAGUUCAUGACAGACGGUGUUCUUUUGAAGGAGAUCCAGAAGGAUUUCCUGCUACGGCGUUACAGCGCUAUCAUCAUAGAUGAGGCCCACGAGCGAAGCGUGUACACAGACAUUCUCAUUGGACUGCUGUCUCGUAUUGUUCCACUUCGAAACAAGAAAGGUCUGCCCAUGAAGCUGCUGGUCAUGUCAGCUACUCUGCGCGUGGAGGACUUCACUGACAACCAAAAGCUGUUUAAUAUGCCUCCGCCCACCAUUAAAGUGAACGCUCGCCAGUUCCCAGUCACCGUACACUUCAAUAAACGCACCCCACUAGAUGAUUACACAGGGGAGGCCUUCCACAAGACCUGCAAGAUCCACCGGAUGCUGCCUUCAGGGGGUGUCCUGGUGUUCCUUACCGGUCAGGCUGAGGUUCACAGCCUUUGCAGACGACUGAGGAAAGCCUUCCCUUUCAGGAAGGGCAGCACAACCACUGGCGAUGAGGAGGAGGCAGACAGCUCAGAGGCAAUGAAGAAGUUCAAGAAGGCCAAACAGAAGAAAACUGUUUCACUGCCUCGUAUUGACUUGGAUAAUUACUCUGCCUUGCCUGUGGACGAAGGAGACGAGGACAGGGAAGCAGGCAUCGUGGAGGAUGAGGAUGAGGGCUCCGACCUGGACAUUGGAGAUGAUCCUGGUGACACAGAGGAGAAGGCUGACCCGUCCAUCCCCAUGUACGUCCUCCCGCUCUAUUCUCUGCUGGCUCCUGAACAGCAGGCCAAGGUUUUCAGGCCCCCUCCUCCUGGUACUCGUCUGUGUGUGGUUGCCACCAACGUCGCUGAGACCUCCCUGACCAUCCCUGGCAUCAAAUAUGUGGUUGACUGUGGCCGGGUAAAGAAACGUUUCUAUGACCGUGUGACGGGCGUAUCCUCGUUUAAGGUGACUUGGACCUCGCAGGCCUCUGCCAAUCAGAGGGCCGGUAGAGCUGGGCGAACAGAGCCGGGACACUGUUACAGGUUGUACUCGUCCGCAGUGUUUGGAGACUUCAGUCUGUUCUCUGAAGCCGAGAUCACUCGCAGGCCUGUGGACGAUCUAGUCCUGCAGAUGAAGGACCUCAACAUAGAAAAGGUGGUGAAUUUUCCUUUCCCCACUCCUCCUUCUAUUGAGGCUCUGGUUGCAGCAGAGCAGUUGCUAGUUUCCUUAGGAGCUCUAAAAGAGCCGCCUCGCAUUGGAAGGGUGAAAGAGAUGGAGCGAGCCCGGCUGAGCUGUCCCAUCACACCGCUGGGCAGAGCCAUGGCCUCCUUCCCUGUUGCGCCACGCUACGCGAAGAUGCUCGCGCUCGGCAAGCAACAGGAGUGCUUGCCCUACGUCAUUGCCGUCGUCGCCGCCAUGACAGUCAGGGAGCUUUUCGAAGACCUUGACAGACCUGCAGGUAGCGAAGACGAGAACUCCAAGCUCUCCCAGCGUCGUGCUCGUCUGGCCCAAAUGAGGCGGCUGUGGGCGGGGCAAGGGGCAUCGCUCUUACUAGGGGACCUCAUGGUCAUGUUAGGCGCUGUCGGUGCGUGUGAAUUUGCCGGCUGUACGCCCAAAUUCUGCGAGGAGAACGGGCUGAGAUACAAAGCCAUGGUGGAGAUCAGGCGACUCAGGAGUCAACUAACUAAUGCAGUGAACGCUGUGUGCCCAGAGCUGGGCAUGUUUGUCAACCCCAAGAUGAAUCCGCCAACAGAGCACCAGGUGGUCUGCUUGCGACAGAUUACGCUAGCAGGGCUCGGGGACCAUCUGGCAAGAAGAGUGCAAGCGGAGGAAUUGUUAGAUCCAAAAUGGAAGAACGCUUACAAGACCCCACUUAUGGACGACCCAGUGUUCAUUCACCCGACGUCACCGCUGUUCAAAACACUCCCCGAGUUUGUCGUCUACCAGGAGAUCAUGGAAACCACCAAGAUGUACAUGAGAGGUGUGUCCGCAGUGGAAGCCGAUUGGGUCCCUCGGCUCCUGCCCCAGUACUGCCAUUUCAGCUCUCCUCAGGAGACACCGCCGCCAUGGUUUUGUUCAUCCACAGGCACCGUUCGGUGUCACCGCUCAAGCACCUUUUUCCGAGUGGCCUGGCAGCUCCCUGCUGUGGAAAUGGAAUAUCCUGAUGGUUUGGAGCGAUACAAACUGUUUGCGCAGUUUCUUCUAGAGGGAGAGGUCUGUCCUAAACUGAAGGUCCACAGGAGACAUCUGCUGUCCAACCCCUCUAUUAUGAUGAAAACAUGGGCCAGGCUGCAGCCCAGGACAGAAGCUGUGCUUGGAGCACUGGUGUCACGGAGAGUCGACUGUAGAGACUCCCUACUCUCCCUAUGGAAGACUGAAGACAAAUUCCUGCUGUCUGCUUACUGCCAGUGGCUACCUGAGGCCUUGCAUCAGGACGUUGCCAAGACUUGGCCUCCACUAUAAAGUCUGGCCUGUGAAACAAAGGAAGACCUGCAUGCAGAAGACUAGAAUGACCAUUUUCACUGCUCUGUAUUUUAUAUACUGUUUGUACAUGCAUCUCAUUGUUGAAAAUAUCUCAAUUAGGACUCAAAUGACAUUUAAUCGUGCUCCUGUCAAUCAUGUGCAUUUGAUUUAGUCUUUAUAAGACUCAUUAAAAUAUUA